AUGAGAAUGCUUCUGCAUUUGAGUUUCCUAUCUCUUGGGGCUGUCUACAUUUGUGCCAUUGCUGUAGAAAGUCCCAUGAAUAGACUGGUGGCAGAGACCUUGACACUGCUCUCCACUCAUCAGACUCUGCUGAUAGGCGAUGGGAACCUGAUGAUUCCUACUCCUGAACAUAAAAAUCACCAGUUAUGCAUUGAAGAAGUCUUUCAGGGGAUAGACACAUUGAAGAAUCAAACUGCGCAAGGGGAUGCCGUGGAAAAACUAUUCCAAAACUUGUCUUUAAUAAAAAAAUACAUAGACAGCCAAAAAAAAAAGUGUGAAGGAGAACGAUGGAGAGUAAAAAAAUUCCUAGACUACCUGCAAGUGUUUCUUGGUGUAAUAAACACUGAAUGGACAAUGGAAAGUUGAGACUAAACUGGUUGAUUGCAGCAAAUGAUUCUGGAGGAGAAGGAUGUUUUAUUGCAAUGUGAAUGAGGCCCAGCCAUGGGUAGGCACUUCAUGUUCAGUGUAAUUAAACUUCCGAGGCAAAGUAGCAAUUAUUUCAGGCAUACUGCUACUUUACUACCUCACAUAGGCAGAAAGCAUAAAAAUAAAAUAUCUGAGAAAUGUUUCAGAUUUCAGAAUCAUUGAAGUAUUUUCCUCCAGUUUGCUCUAGGCAAAGUAGAUAUAGACUUUUAUUUAAUGUAACAUCCUGUAAAAUGUUAACUUAAUGUUAUUUAUGAAAUGGUUAAGAAUUUGGAACAUUAAUAUUUAUUUUGUGUUAGGCUAUGUCCCAAUAAAACAAAAAUAAGAAACUGG